AUGUUAACCAUCUCAAUCAACGGCAACUUGUUUGACCCGGUCAACCAGCUCCAGGAGUUGAUAGAUCUUGGUCUGCACGAUGAAGAUGCCUCCAAGUCAGACUACAUUCUUAUCCACACCUCCCAGCCUUUGACAAACGACCAGUAUGACAAACUGGAGAAUCGUAGUGUCAAAAUCCUGGAAUACGUCUCUGCCAACACGUACCUUUGCAGCUACAAAAACACCGACCUGGAGGAGCGGAUCCGUUCACUACCAUUUGUCUCUUGGGCCAACCCCUAUCUGAACCAGUUCGUAGUUCAGUCGUCGCUCAAAUCGAUGCCCCCUAUUUUCAACCCCAUCUCAGUAUUUACCCCUGUGCCCAAGACCUCUCGCCUCCAUUUAGUUAACAUUGUCGUCCAUCACGACGUCGAUCCAAACAACGAUGCUGUCAAAUUGGCAGUUGCAAUGGCUGCUCGUGCUGACCCAGACUCCCUCGCCGUCUCCGCACGGCAAAUCCGCCUUCAAGUACAGCAGCAGUACCUUGAUGAUGUAGCUGCUGUUGACGCAGUCUAUCUUAUCCAACAAGUACAUCCUUUUAUUCUGUUCAAUAACAAGGCGUGGCAGGUCCUGGGAUGCGACACUAAAAUUGUGGGAGAAGAAACAGAAUACACAGGCGAGGGGCAGGUUGUUGGAAUUGGUGACACUGGUUUCGAUAUUGGUAAAACGGAUGAUACUCAUCAUGCUUUCACCGGUCGUGUUAAGAAGCUUUACUCCCUUGGUAGGCCCAACAAAACUGAUGACCCUGAUGGCCAUGGCACCCACGUUUCAGGGUCCAUCCUAGGCGAUGGCAGUUCAAAAACUAUGGGUGGAAGAAUUGCUGGCGCUGCUCCCAGAGCCUCCCUUGCGCUUCAAUCUGUCCUCGAUACCACGAACGGCCUGGGUGGGAUUCCGGAUGAUUUGGGGGACCUUUUUAUCGUGCCCUACAGAGAAGUAGGUGCACGUGUUCAUACAAAUUCCUGGGGAGCGUCCUCGAUAUUUGGUCAGAUCCCUUAUGACGCUUCUGCGACGCAGGUAGACAAAUUCAUCUGGGAUAAUCUCGACAUGCUCGUUCUUUUUGCUGCUGGUAACGAUGGUGCCGACCGCAACUUUGACGGUGUCAUUGAUCUACAACAAAUUGGAUCACAGGCAGCAGCGAAGAAUUGCCUUACUGUAGGAGCGAGUGAAAAUAACCGUCCCGAGAUCGGAGUCAAGUACGGAUACCGUUGGCCCUCGACCCCUUUCCGCACUGACAAGAUGGCCGAUAAUCCGGCAGGUAUGGCUGCAUUUAGCAGUCGUGGACCUACACGAGAGGGGCGUUACAAGCCUGACGUGGUUGCUCCCGGAACCGCCGUAUUGUCUAGCCUAUCAAGGAAAGCCCAGGCAGAUAACCAAUUCGGGGAAAGCUCAGAUCCUCAGUGGUUUUUUCUUGCCGGUACGAGUAUGGCAACUCCUCUAGUUGCUGGUUGUGCUGCAGUUGUACGCGAGUCCUUGGUUAAGAAUGGCACCGAACAUCCCAGUGCUGCGCUUGUUAAAGCUCUGCUUAUCAACGGCGCUAUGGAGCUCGUUGGACAGUAUAAGCCAAGUGAAGCAGGUCCAUCUCCCAAUAACAAUUCCGGGUUUGGCUUGGUUAAUCUCGUGAACUCCAUUAUUCUACCCAAACAAGAUAACGGUGGUUUCAAAGAAGGCGGGCCCUUGAGCCAGGGCGAGGGCGAAGAUAAUCCAAUCACCAUUACCAUCCCAAAACUUACAAGUGAAUUGGCCGCUGAGGGUUCUACGUUGAAAGUGACACUCGUAUGGUCCGAUCCGCCGGGAGCGGAGCUUCAGAAUGAUUUGGAUCUCAUUGUCAAAUCUUCUGAUGGCCAGGAACGGCACGGGAACAUGGGCGAGGAGGUCGAUUUCGAUAGAGUGAACAACGUCGAACAAGUUACGUGGACUGGUAUUCCUGAGGGAGAGACGCAAAUCAUUGUCCGCGCAUUCCGCAUCACUCGCAGGGAAGCUCCUCAGCCAUACGCAGUUGUUUGGAGCAUCAAUCGACCACUCAAGCCUAAGAAGUGA